UGGAGCGUCAGACAGGCAGAGGAGGAGAUGUGCCACAUUCUCCUGGUUUUAUGAAUCAGUUCACUGUGCAGGUAUGAGGUCCCCCAUGUUGGCAAAUCUUCUUAUCUCCCUGCUCCUGGCAGCAGGGAGAGAUGUCCUAGGAGAUAAAGUAGACAGGAAGCCCAACUUUGUUCUGAUGAUGGUGGACGACCUGGGCAUCGGUGAUGUAGGAUGCUACGGUAAUGACACCAUCAGGACUCCUAACAUAGACAGACUUGCUUCUGAAGGGGUAAAGUUGACUCAGCACAUUGCAGCUGCUCCCCUGUGCACCCCGAGCCGGGCCGCUUUUAUGACGGGGCGCUAUUCACUCCGCUCAGGACUGGCAAGCACUGGUAACGUGCAGGUACUGCUGUUCCUUGGUGGUUCAGGUGGGCUGCCACCCAGUGAGACCACCUUUGCUAAGAGGCUCCAGCAAGAAGGAUACACCACCAGCCUAGUGGGUAAGUGGCACUUGGGUGUGAACUGUGAACAGAGAGGGGACCACUGCCACCAUCCGAACCAGCACGGCUUCAGCUACUUCUACGGCCUGCCGUUUACCCUGUUCAAUGAUUGUGUGCCCGGAGAGGGGAGUGAUAUCAUGGCAGACCUCCAGAAAGCACUCAGAAAUCUGACCAUGUUGCUUGGAGUUGGACUUCUCUCACUGGUGUGUGUCCGUUUGUGUGGCCUCCUUGAAGUCAGCCUGUGGCUAUUGGUAGCACUUGUUUUUCUCAGUAUCCUAGCAGCCGCUGUGUGGUUUAUACCCUUUAAACGCCUGCAGAUAUGGAACUGCAUCAUCAUGAGAAACCAAGACGUGAUCGAACAGCCAAUAACAGUGGAGACUUUACCCCAGAGGUUGCUGGGAGAAGCACAAAACUUUAUAAAGAGGAAUGUCGAUCAACCAUUCCUCCUCUUCUUCUCAUUGGCCCACAUCCACACGCCGCUCUUCAAAACACAAGCCUUUGCCGGCAAAAGUCGCCAUGGUCGCUACGGUGACAACCUAGAAGAAGUGGACUGGAUGAUAGGUCAAAUUACAGAGACAGUGGACUCCCUCGGCCUUGCCAACAAUACUCUGAUGUAUUUCACAUCAGACCAUGGUGGACACCUAGAGGAUGCUGAUUCCAUAAUCGGCCAGAAAGGAGGCUGGAACGGCAUUUAUAAAGGUGGGAAAGCUAUGGGAGGCUGGGAGGGGGGGAUCAGGGUGCCUGGUAUUUUCCGCUGGCCUGGCAGACUGGCAGCUGGAAGAGUAGUGGAUGAGCCCACUAGCCUCAUGGACCUUUAUCCAACACUGAAGUAUUUGGCCAAGGACACACAACCUGACAGACAAUCAGAUGGCUUUAACCUAAUGCCACUGUUGGAAGGAAAGGUAGAGCGAUCAGAGCAUGAGUUCAUGUUCCACUACUGUGGAAUCUACCUGAAUGCAGUACGCUGGCACCCACCUGGAAGUGACUCUGUCUUCAAGGUGCACUUUUUCACUCCUAACUUUUCUCCCCCGGGAGCCGGUGGCUGCUACGACACUAAGAUCUGUCUAUGUCACGGAGAACAUGUGACGCACCACAACCCACCACUGCUGUACGACCUUUUCCACGAUCCCUCAGAGUCCCGCGCACUGACCCCUGAUACUGAGCCGCGACAUGCUGAAAUCCUUGAGGAGAUCACUAAAGCUGUGGAGAGACAUAGAGACUCCCUCACAAACAUGCAGGUGUCUGAUGAUACUUCAAGCGUUCAAAGCCAGAUGACGUUGGACAGGAUCCUGUGGAGACCCUGGCUUCAGCCCUGCUGUGGGACUUUUCCCUUCUGCGGCUGCAAAGAGGACACAACAAAUAUUUAAGUGCCAAUUCUUAAGAUUUCCGUCCUGGCUGAUUUAGAAUUUCUAUUUGAGUGAAAAUAUUAAAUUGUACUUUAAAUGUUGCAGUCUGGGUAGUUUUUGUUGAUGAACUUCAAGUUUUCAGAGUUGUGUGCAUAGUUACAUUUUUUGUUUGUUUACAAUGAAUGAAAACUAAUACCGAAUUGUUUGUAAAAUGCAAAUAUAUAAAUAUUACAAUACAUUUGUCAAUGAGCUAUUGGCGCAAUAACUAUUUUGUUAUAUCAUUUGACGAUGGAUAGUGAAUUAGGAGACAUUUAUUUAAAUGAAAAUCUUUAAGAUUGCCACUUUAAAGACUUUUGUGCCAAAACGGCUCUGACAUAUUUAGCUGGCCUGUUUCACAACUGUGGAAACCAAUGUGACAUCAGAACCCAGCGCACAGCCACAGCAGUGCACAGUCGGACACUUCUGCAUCAAACAGAUAGAAUGGUAGACAGGAGCCGAGCAUUGUUUGGUACUGCUUUUCACCUGUAAAAGUUACCUCUUUAACGAAUA